AUGGUUCUGUCAGAAGUGCAGCCAUCCAGAACAAUAAGACCGCACACCAAGUCCCGGCAAGGGUGUCUAAAUUGCAAAGCGCGAAGAGUCAAGUGUCAGGAGACACGACCUCAGCCAUAUUACAACUGUGCCAGUAGGAGUGUGGAGUGCGUAUACCCACCGGAGAAUCAGUUAGGACGUCGUCGGAAUGGUAGUCGUCGGAAUUCUGAUCGAAAAGGACCAUCGAGGCUUGACUCCCUGAGUAGCACCUCUACAAUUCGACAGGACUCAGCUCCAUCAGAAGUUGAAUUGAGAUCACAUUCAUUUACGUCGCCGAACACGUUUAUUGGGGAGGACUUUAGGUUUUUCCAUCACUUCCUGAUUACCGCAUACCCCCAUCUUCCCUUUCAGAGUGAAGAACUGUGGAAAACAUCUCUACCAGCAUAUGCACACGAGUGUCCACACUUAAUGCAUGCAAUUCUAUGUCUCGGGGCUUCCCAUCUAUCUUUAAUUUCACCCAAAGGUGAUACUUAUACAACACUAGCCGUCGAACAUCUGGGCAGCGCAUUGACAACAGGUGAUCGGUGCACAAGGACUGAAUUGGACUUAAUUCUAGCAACCACCUACGCGCUCACGUUCCAGGCAAGUUACAUGAUAGGCGGGUUAACUGAUUUUGCUUUCAUGGUCCGGGGCUGUGCAAUCAUAACUCGGCAUAUUCUGAAUCAGUAUCAACGAAGCGAGAUGUUCGAUCUGUUAAUGCCGGAGGAUGUCUACGCUCAUGUAUGGCCUCGCCUGUCUGCAGAGCCGUGCUAUAAUCCCGAAAUUCUGGAUACAUGUAUUCAGACUCUAGAAAGUCUACAGCCGCUUCUGCAGCAAGACAGCCAUCAACUUACCUAUCAAGCUAUCUCGAGUACAUAUCGCACUAUGAAAAUCUCCGCGCGGGAGGGCUUUAUCGCGUUCACAUUCGUGUACAGCAGCUGGGAACAUAUGAGUAAUCAGGAGUUUAUGGAUUUUUUGGACACUAGCAACCAUGUCUCGAGUCUCCUGCUUCUCCACUUUGUCACAGUAACAAUUAUGAUGCGACCAGUUUUUGGGAUGCUAAGACCGUCCAUACUGGAAACUUCCAAGGAUGCACUUGCUAAUCAUCAAUGGGGUGCAAAUAUCUACGAGAGUCUUCCUGAAGAGUUUCGUGGUUUUGUUGAAUGGCAGUAUCGAUUCAUUGCAGCGGAUAAGGCCUGCAUUGAGAGCGAAGGUACAAUACAUGCUAUCCAUCACAACAAUGACCAUUUGAUGUUAUAA